AUGCAGAGCGACCAACAUAAAGGUAGUACCAGACAACAUGCCAGCGGAGGAACUGCCAAAGCAAUAAGCCUGGAUGGAGUUAACAAACCGACCAAAGUCCCACCAGUGGCCUCAAGGGACUUCACACUCCGCUUCCAGCACAAGGAAGACAGAGCCGCAACCAUGGCAGUGGUCAAAAACCUUCCCCAGUACUCCUUAGAAGCCAUGUCCCUCUCCUUCUUCACGGACUUGUCCGGCAGUACCUUGGCCGGGAGACGGUCGCUUAAGCCACUUACAACGCUACUCAAGCAACAAGGCAUAACAUACCAUUUGCGCCUCAGCCGCUCCCUGCUGGUGACACAUGGCAGGAAAACCCACGAGAUUCACGACCUACAGGGAGCGCAGGACUUGCUACCCAUACAAGAUGCCAUACAUUCCACGACAACCUCCAAGACCACCAAACCACGACACAGGUGGAACCCGGAAAGGGUGAAAACUUUUGUUCCGCAUCUGGACACGGCUCCCAUGCUGACAACCCGACAUGAGAGAUCCAAGGGCUGUGUAAACCGCAACAAGAUAUUUGCUGGGACUGUAUGA